CAGUUCUCCUUGCCAAUAUGAUUGUGAUAUACUUCUAUGUGUUAAAAGGUAUAACUGGAGCAGGAGAAGUUUACCUGACUAUGAGGUCAACAGAGGUUGAUGGUUUGUGUGAGCGGCCGUGGAGCAUCUGUCGCGGACUCUGUGCAGCUUACAAAGGAUUCCUCCUGCCUCGUGUUUACGCUGCAGAGCCAAUACCACCCGAGCAACCUCCAGCAUCCACGAGUGUCACUCAGGAGGCACAUGCUUCACCACAAGACUCUACCCCACCUGCAUCUGGAGCUGGUAGCACAUGGCAAGCUGUAAAGGAAAAAUUCGAAUUGGCUAGUGCAUCUAACCUGUAUGCAGCACCAGAUGAAGAAACAGGACUGGAUCGAGUAAAAAAGAUAUUCAGUAAAGAUGAGUUUGAAGAGUACAGUAUAGAGUUGGAGUGGGUUAAAGAUGUCGUGACUGGCACGCUGAUAUUUGGAAUGGUGAUGGGAGCCAGCAUCGAGUUCCGAAAUGCCAAAGAACGGUUCAUUCAACGUCAUGCCGUUACAGUGUUCGAAUCACAGUUUGAUGCCAAGAAGAGACUGCAGGAUUACAUCUCUACGAACAUGCUGCGCCGCGGCUGGAAGCUUGCCUGGAGAAUGGCUCUCUUCACCGGAUCAUUCUUUCUCGUUACCAACACUGUGUCAGCAUACAGGAAUAAGUCUGGUGUACUAGACUUUGUGGCAGGAGGAGUGGCUGCUGGCUCACUCUACAAGGUCAACAUGGGGAUCAAGGGCAUGUUUGCUGGUGGUGUGUUGGGUGGAUUCUUUGGGCUUGUCGGCGGAUCUGUGGCGUGGCUGACGAUGUAUGCGGCAGGAACAAGGAUGGAGGAAGUCAAAUACUGGCAGCGGAUGAUGAGAGAUGAUAAACGCGGGAUUAGUACGAUGAAGUACGCAGAAAAUGAAGCCAAGAAACGCAUGGAACGGAGAAAUGGUUACGAGGACUUUCGUGAUGAGUUACUGCAGCAGCAGGAACAACAACAGCAACAACAGCAGCAGCAGCAGGAACAACAACAGCAGCAACAGCAGCAGCAGCAGGAACAACAACAGCAGCAACAGCAGCAGCAGCAGGAAAAACAGCAGUAGCAAGAGGAACAACAGCAGCAGCAGCAGCAGCAGCACCAGGCUAAUGCUGUGAAAACACAACUCGACAUUAUCAAAUAGUGUGCCAGCUGUGUUGGCAUUGUCAACCGUUACAUUGUAAUGUCUGGUGAAUCAUUAGCAAUUACAAAGGUUUUUUAUAGAUUG